CAGUUUCUAGAAAGGGUGAGGGUCAAGCAGUAUUUCGUGACACACGCUAUCAUGAUGACGCCAUUUUGUCUAGAACUUCACGGCUGUGAACAUCCAUUCUUCGACCACAAGCCGGCCUACACACGUAAAAAAAAAUGUUCCGAGCAUUUACACUCCAAAAUCCGAUUCGAAAGGUWUCCCACAUUCAACUUCGUGGGCUCUGUUCUGCAUCCAAAAAGCACAUUGGAGUUGUAGGCACCGGCAAUGUUGGGUUUAAUGUAGCUUCUUCACUUGAACAAGCGGGUCACACUGUCACGGCGUUYGACUUGAACAAAACCAAUUAUGAUCGCCUGCAAAAAACGAAAGUGAUCUUAGCGAGCUCAGUUGACGAUGUGCCUAAGAAUGCAGACGUGCUUAUUACUGCACUACCUAAGCCUAUGCACGUGAAAGCAGUUAUGGAAGAAGGCAAGCUACUUCACCGUCUUCGCCCAAACAGCAUUUGGAUCGAUCAUACGACCACAGACUACAACCAAACAAUACGAUUGUGCAAACUAGCAUGUGAUAUGGGUAUCCGUGCAAUAGAAGCUCCCUUAACUGGAGGUAUGGCUUUGCUGAGGAAAAAUAUGAUGACGGUAUUUGUAGGUGGAGACGAAGACGCCGUGCAAGAAUCUAAGCCUUUGAUCGAUGUUUACACCGGGACAUUUUUGUACUUUGGGGCUGCAGGAAAAGCUACAAUUGCUAAAGUGAUUUCAAAUAUGCUCGCAGGGGCUCAUCUCAUCGCUGCUGGMGAAGCGCUCAUGCUGGCCAAGAAAUCUGGGCUAGACAUGGAAAGCUUUUUUGAUGGAAUCAGAUUGAGUGCUGGAAACUCGUACGUCUUUGAAACAGAGGUCCCACUCAUGUUCAAAGGUACAUAUGAUCCAGACUUCACCAUCGAUCUCCACUGCAAAGACCUGGGACUGGGAAGGAUAAUAUCGAAUGCCCAUGGAGUACCUUUCGACAAACUAGAAAUGAUGGAACUAACAGAAACAAUGUACAGGCGAGCAAUGGAGAGAUAUGGAGGCCAUGUUGGAUCCAGUUUUCCUGCAAAGAUGAUUGAAGAUGAUUUGAAAACACCCCAGAAAUUGGAAAAUUGGGAGAAGUGGGAUUACGCUGUUGAGAGAGUUACUGGAGGAAGCUUUGGGGUUGUACAAAUGAAACCAUCCAAGGAAAAACAUAAUUAAAUCGUUUAUAAAAUAGAAUUUUAAUUUGUAUUCCCAGUAAUAAAGUAUAUAUGCAAAUGAUGCAAACCGGAAGUGGAACAAGCGGAAGUCAUAAAAUCAURACMUAGCUUGAAUCUCACCAUCAUGCUAAURACGCUAAUAGCCCUGUUUGCGGUUAGAAAACAAGUUGCGCGAAGAAUAAAUUUUGAUGUUAGUUGGCACUCUUAUUUAUUCAUUUUUUUAACAGCAAAAAGGUCAAUUUUAUAAGUAACCAAUGCACCAUGAUUUUGAAUUUCGUAGAAAAGGUCCUCACUUUUGGUCUUUUCCUCCAAUGACUUCAUUGUGGUUAAAAUGCAUGAUGAAAAGUAUUGGCAUGUCAAUCACCCUUUCAUUUAUAGAAACCUUAUGACGCUUUUACAAUUUCUCAGUACUUUUCUCAUUAUUCUUUAUUUUAUUUAGUCACACAAGCUACUUUUAUUAUAAAAUAUUAGCCAAAAUCAUUUUUCUUGUACAUCUAAAUCGUUCACCAAAAUCAUGACUUCUCGUGUUUUACAAAGAUUUUGUUAUAUAGAUGUAACUUGUCUCCUCUGCAUGCGUCCUCUCUCUUUGAACUUCGUCUGCUGCUCCUUAUUUAUUAUUUUAAUUUGUUCGACUCUUUGGGUUUUGAAUAAAUAUUAUACGCCACCCCCUGGCUGGUCACUC